AAGCUGGGCAGGCCCAGAAAGUUCAUCGGCAGGUGUCGUUUUCUCCGGCCUGUUGUUCGCGGCAGGAUAAAGCCUCUGGCAUCACCAGAUUCGGUCCGUCCUGCAGAAGGUCCGGCGUGCGGCCGCCGGCUUCCUGUGUGGCUCCCCUCGUGUCUCGGCCAGUCACUCGGGGACUUCUCUAGGGAUGAGAAAAGGUGCACCUAGAAGCAGAUUUUAAGAGCAGUUUCUUAUCAAGUCAUCUUAUUUCGUACCACCUGAUAAGCAUCUUGAUUCACCAUGGCAUUAGCAGCAGUAAAACGGGCGAUAUCAUACAGAACUGUCUUUAAACAUCUAUUUCCAAUUCAAAAUGGAGCCUUGUAUUGUGUUUAUCAUAAAUCUACAUAUUCUCUUCCAGAUGACUAUAAUUGCAAAGUAGAGCUUGCUUUGACAUCUGAUGGCAAGACAAUAGUAUGCUAUCACCCUUCUGUGGACAUUCCAUAUGAACACACAAAACCUAUCCCUCGGCCAGAUCCUGUGCAUAAUAAUGAAGAAACACAUGAUCAAGUGCUAAAAACUAGAUUAGAAGAAAAAGGUGAACACUUUGAGCAAGGACCCAUGAUAGAACAACUUAGCAAAAUGUUCUUUACUACUAAGCACCGCUGGUAUCCUCAUGGACAGUAUCAUAGACGUCGUAGAAAACUGGAUCCUCCAAAAGACAGAUGAUACUGAGAUUUUUGGGAAUUAAAGAGAAGUGUUACCCUGUAUCUCAUUUGUCGUUUGAGAAAAUGCAAUUGGGUAUAUCCAUUAAUAUGUUACAUAGUAAAAUAAUAAUAAAAUGCCUUCAUGUA